CUAAGACCAAACGAUCUUCUCAGGUAUCGAUCUUUUGUCUACUUUCUUUCUCAGUUCAGAUCUUCUCAUUGUUAAUAUCUUUCGAAAUUAUUAGACGUUGAAUGACCUGAAUAUCUUUUUCUCCUUCCCGAAUAAACCGAUUCUAUCUACUCUGUAAAUGAAGCUGUAACCAACAACUUUUGAUGCCAAAACGUUCCCGAAACGCGUUGGGAAUCGAUCCGAGCCAGAAGGAGAUCGGACCGGCAUUGACGCCCUUGAUAGAUGAAAUCGAUCAAGACCAAGGCUUCAAUCAAGCAGAGAUCGAGAAAUUGAUCAAAGCCACCAAAUCUUUGGCUAGCUCCUUAUCCGACUCGGAUGCCAAGGACAUCGAUCAGAAUCUCGAAGAAACUCAAAGCCUCAACAGAUCGAUCGUCAGGAAUUAUCAUAAUCAACAUCAACAACAACAUCAGCACACCCAAGGCUUUUCAAUGAUGAUAUGGGGACUCUUGAUCUUCUUUUGUUCAAGUUUCUUAUGGAUCAUCGGGAUUCCAUUGAUCCUAUUCGACCUUGAGAACUUUGGCGAUCAUCUGCACAUUUCAAAUCAGCUUGAUAGUCCUUCUAACUCAUCAUCCUCGGCUUGGGUGAAAUGGAUAUUGGUCAAGAUUUUAGAUGAUCAUCAUUACAAAUUCUUCAUCCCUCUUCAAAUCACCUUUGGCUUAGUCUUUGUCAUCAUCAAUUGGGGCGGUCUUAAAAUCUUCAGGCACUCUUAA